CUCGGGGCCGCACUGCUUUCCAGUCUAGAUCAAAGAAGGCGGAAAGCGGAUCCUGGUUAUAUGGUUUAACUUUAUUUAUGAUGUGAAGAUUGACUAUCUCACUGCAAAGGUUAAAUCAAAAGCCAAUCUUGUAACCCAGUUGUCUUUCUCUAGUCAUAGCCGAUUAAACUUUGGGAGCAAGAACGAAGAAGAGUAGAAACCUAAGGUGAUUCGGGAUGUGGAGGAGACCGGCUUUGUUCAGUUAUUGGAUCCCUUCAUAUUUGUGGACAGCCUCCAGCAACUAUAUCGAUCUUCACGUUCACCAUCUCCAUCACAAGGUUAAAGAGGGUGAUACUUCUAAACAAGUCAGACCUUUUAUAACCUUUGUGCUAGGAGGUCCUGGCAGUGGCAAAGGUACACAAUGUGCAAAAAUAGCAGAGACGUUUGGAUUUGCGCAUCUAAGUGCUGGAGAGCUGUUGCGAAAAGAAAUCUCAUCUGGUUGUGAAAAUGGAGAAAUGAUUCUUGACAUUAUAAAGGAAGGGAACAUUGUUCCAUCAGAAAUCACUAUCAACUUGAUUCGCAGAGAAAUUGAGUUGAGUGAGAAUCGGAAAAUUUUAGUUGAUGGCUUUCCACGAACCAAUGAAAAUCGUAUUGCUUUUGAAAGCAUAAUCGGAGUAGAACCAGACUUGGUUAUUUUCUUUGACUGCCCUGAAGAGGAAAUGGUGAAGCGUCUUCUUAGUCGUAAUCAGGGCAGAAUUGAUGAUAAUAUUGAGACAAUAAAGAAACGCCUCGAGGUUUUUGAUAAAUUAAAUCUUCCUGUUAUUAACUACUACUCUAGCAAGGGAAAACUUCAGAAGAUUAAAGCAGUUGGAACAAUGGAAGAGAUUUUUGAGAAGGUUUACCCUGUAUUUACUUCUUUAAGGUUUGAGUAGCAAUGGCGACCUCAAGGUGUUGUCCAUGCUCUUUAUAGGGAAAACUCUCUCUAGCUUCAGAAGCAAAUACAAUAAACACACACAUGUACUUCCUCUCUCCAGCAUAAGUGGAAUAAUAUUUUGGAUGAAUAAUUUCUAGGCUAGCACAUGAUUGCUGAAACUUUUCAGGCAAAUUUAUAAUCAUCAUGAAGAAGAAAAAUCAUUAGAGAUAAGCAGCUCAUUACUGCGUAUGCUCCAGCCUUUGACAUGAUUCGACCAAUCAUGAAGAAGAGAAAUCAUUAGAGAUGAGCAGUUCUUUACUGCUCAGCUCGGCUGCAAUGGAACAAUUGCCAAUUCCUAUAUUAGACUUUUCUUUCUGGUUGAGUUCA